AUGUUGAUAUAUGUCCAAUCUGUCAUCCCCUCUGCCCAUUGUUUUGAACCACUAAUCGGUUUACCUAACAAGCAAUCUGCGACCCGGCAUCGCAGUAAACCGUGGAUAUGCCUGAUACCAUCUGGAUGUCUGAGGAACACCGUCACUAUCGUGGAGAUAGGAAUCACCAAUCAAUACAACCUAGUGGAUACGGAGAAGUUCAAGAAGCAGAAGUAG